GAUGCUGAAAACACACAAACACAAGCAACUUGAGCUUUUGGAGAUACCGCCUUCUUGCACUACCGUUACGCAUUGAUUAUUCCCCUCGGAGGGAAGCAGCAGAGGAAUUUCUGGGUGCAGAUAGAACCACUCCUCUCUCUGCACACGAUUGUCUCUCCUCUCUCCACAGCAGGGGCUUGGUGGUGCGGAGGGGGAGGGUGGUCUUGCAGUCGACGAGAGGAACAGGAGUUUAUUGAGGAGUAGGUGCAACGCGAAGAAAAACGCAUCCAACUGAGCGCCGCUGCCUUGCGGAAGAAAGGAGGAGAGGGGAGAAAGGAGAAAAUAUCGCGCUCGGACGACUGACCACUCUGUGACGAGAAAACUGCUGCUCGAAUUGUUUAACUUGUUGAUGCGACGAUAUUCUACUGUUUUUCCUCCAUCGUCUGGCUGCAGUGGCAGAUAGAUGGGUGGCGGAAUCGCAAGUGUUCUCUUCCGAGGAUAGCUGUGUUUUUUUUUUUUGUUAAACUCACCGUGGGUGGAAUUUAAAGAACAGCCUUCCCUAAGAUGCAAUUCGUCUCUGAGCCAUAGCACUGUGAUAACCGGAGCGGGGUCGUAUCAAAAACCACUAUAGGCCAGCAUGGCAGCAGGUGUAGCGGCGUGGCUCCCGUUCGCCCGAGCGGCGGCCAUAGGAUGGAUGCCCGUGGCGAGCACCCCGAUGCCCAUCCCUCCGCAAGACAAGAAGAAAGGCAAGGACGGACUCAUCAUCCUCAACGUGAGCGGGACCAAGUUUCAGACGUGGCGGACCACUUUGGAGCGGUACCCGGACACUUUGCUGGGGAGCACGGAGAGAGACUUCUUUUUCCACGAGGAGACAAACGAGUACUUUUUCGACCGCGACCCUGACAUCUUCAGGCACAUCCUCAAUUUUUACCGCACGGGGAAACUACACUACCCGCGACAAGAGUGCAUAUCGGCAUACGACGAGGAGCUCGCUUUCUUUGGUAUAAUCCCCGAGAUCAUCGGGGACUGCUGUUACGAGGAGUACAAGGACCGGAGACGCGAGAAUGCAGAGAGGCUUCAAGACGACGAGGAGAUGGACCAGAGCAAUGACGUCACGCCAGUUAACCUGUCGUCCCGGGAGUUCCUGUGGCGGGCUUUUGAAAACCCUCACACCAGCACCUUGGCCCUGGUCUUCUACUAUGUCACGGGCUUCUUCAUUGCUAUAUCAGUGAUGGCCAACGUGGUGGAGACGGUUCCGUGUGGGGCUUUGCCCAACAGGGCAAAGGAGAUGUCCUGUGGAGACCGUUACGCCCUGGCCUUCUUUUGUUUAGACACUGCUUGCGUCAUGAUAUUCACUGUUGAGUACCUCCUCCGUUUGAUCGCAGCCCCCAGCCGGUACAAGUUCAUGAAAAGUGUGAUGAGCGUCAUCGACGUGGUCGCCAUCAUGCCUUACUACAUCGGCCUGGUCAUGACCGACAAUGACCAGGUGAGCGGUGCUUUCGUCACACUCAGAGUCUUCCGGGUCUUUCGGAUUUUCAAGUUCUCCCGACACUCCGCGGGGCUGCGCAUCCUCGGCUACACCUUGAAGAGCUGCGCCUCCGAGCUGGGCUUCCUACUCUUCUCCCUCACCAUGGCCAUCAUUAUCUUUGCAACGGUCAUGUUUUAUGCAGAAAAAGGCUCCACGGCCAGCAAGUUCACCAGUAUCCCCGCAGCGUUUUGGUACACCAUUGUCACCAUGACAACACUGGGGUAUGGCGACAUGGUGCCCAAAACAAUCGUGGGGAAGGUGUUUGGGUCCAUUUGCUCACUGAGUGGGGUGCUGGUCAUCGCCUUGCCCGUCCCUGUCAUAGUGUCAAACUUCAGCCGCAUCUACCACCAAAGCCAGCGGGCGGAGAAACGCCGAGCCCAGCGGAAAUCUCGGCUUGCUAGAAUCCGCGCCGCGAAGAUUCGAGGCACUAAUGUCUAUAUGCGCUACAAACAAAAUGGGCUCCUGGUCGACUCGCUGGAGGAGGCCUCCAAGGAGGCAGGAAAAGCCCUGGUGGCAAAGGCCCCCAGCCCUCCUUUUGAGAGCCAACACAAUCACCUGCUGCACUGCCUGGAGAAGACCACGAACCACGAGUUUGUGGACGAGCAGACGUUUCAGGCCAACUGCAUGGAGAUCUCUGUGAUGAACAAGUCGGGGUCCUGUGGGUCCUCGCUUUCCUCUUCCCCCCACGGCCUCAGCUCGUGCUGCUCCCGACGCCACCGGAAGAAGAGCAGCUUCAGUCUGCCCAGCACAAACAACCAGGAGCUCAGCACCAUACAGAUAAGAGAGAGGCCAGUGGCCAACAGCCGCUCCUGCCUGAACGCCAAACUCGAGGAGACGUUGCCCUUGAAAUGUGACAAACCUUACAUCACCCCCUGCAUGGUCAGCCUGUCUGCACCGGUGGUGACCUCAUCGGACGGACACGGCUCCACCACCACCACCGCAUACUCUCAGAGCAACAUUGUCCGAGUAUCUGCCUUGUAGACGUCACGCUUAUUUCGAUCGGCUAACUGGUCUCAAGAAGCACCAGAUGCUGAGGAGAGGGACCACUGAGCAUCAACCUGCCAUAAUCUAGAGGGAUUAUAAGAUUAGCAGAAAUCGGGGGUUUUUGAAGUAGUGAUCUCAUCUGAUGUCAAACUCUGCAUGGUAUUAAAAUGAUGUGGACAGCUGCCUUGGGAGUAAAAAGCAAACCAGCAGAUCUUGCACCAUUAAGCACAGCAGAGCAAAGAAGCGUUGGGAUUGCGUGGUUAUCGUCGUUGCCUAAAAAUACUGAGGAAAAAAAACUUUAUUUUUUAAUAUAUAUUGUAGUUGUAUUUGUUGUCUUCUGAUUCAAAGGAGGAAAGGCAAAUGUUAAAGAGUCAUUCUUGUUGGCCUCUGAUGACAAAGCACACAUAUUCAUUAACGUAGGGCCAUCUAUGUGAAUAUUACAUCAUCUACUUACAUA